AUGGUAUCUACCGAUAUCAAAUCAUUCCAAGAAUACCUCAAGGGGAGCAAGCGGGUCAUGGCGCUCCUAGGAGCCGGCAUAUCCGCCUCAUCGGGUCUCCCAACAUUCCGCGGCGCCGGCGGGCUCUGGCGCUCUCACGACGCAACGGAGUUAGCCACGCCAGAGGCCUUCGAGGCGAACCCGGAUCUGGUGUGGCAGUUCUACAGCUAUAGGAGACACAUGGCGCUCAAGGCGCAGCCGAACCGUGCGCACUAUGCGCUGGCGGAGCUGGCGAGGAGGAAUAGGGAGUUUGUUACAUUGAGUCAGAAUGUUGAUGGCCUUUCACAACGAGCGAGUCACCCUCUCGAGCAGCUCCAUCUCCUCCAUGGGAAUCUGUUUACGGUUAAAUGUACCUCCUUCUACUGCAACUAUUCUCGCGAGAACGACUUUACGGACCCGAUUGUCCCUGCACUUGCGAUACCGAGAAACUUCCCCGAACCGGUUCCGUCGUCAGACGAUAAAACAGGCGAGGAAGCGUCAAAGUCGCUAUACCAGGCCAUGGGAAGAGGCCAGGAAGAGGGACAACGAGAAGGAACAGAGGUGGACAUCUCUGACGAAACUAUCCCGCUCGAACCAUUAUCGCGCGACGUGCUCCCGCAAUGCCCAGAAUGCAAAGAAGGUCUAUUACGGCCAGGCGUUGUCUGGUUCGGGGAAGCUCUGCCGUCACAUACGCUGGAUUUCGUGGAUGAUUGGAUGUCGCAAGGGAAGAUCGAUCUGAUGCUGGUCAUUGGGACGAGUUCGAGGGUUUGGCCGGCAGCAGGGUAUGUCGAUCAGGCGAGGUCAAAAGGAGCGAGGGUUGCGGUGGUGAACAUGGAUCCAAAUGAUAUGGGGAAGGGGAAGCUUACACCGAAUGAUUGGUUUUUCGAGGGCGACGCCGGCGCCAUUGUGCCGGAGAUUUUGAACAGUGUCAUUGGAGAGGUUUGA